AUGGAGUCGAAGAACAACCUAUACGACGAGUUCGGAAAUUACAUAGGGGAAGACCUCGACAGCGAUGAUGACUACUCGGAUGGGGAUCAAGAGGACGACGUGAGUGACCAGCAAGCGGAUUCGGCUUCAGAUUCGGAUGGAGAUAGCGAUGCAAAUGACGAUGCGGAUAGUGACGAAGGUAGCGAUGAGGAUAGCGAUGCUGGGCGGGGGAAGGCAAAGGGGAGAAGAAAAAGAAAGAAAAAAAGGGGGAAACACGAAGCUGCUAGCGAUGGUAGCGACGGUACCGGGGGGGGCCAUGCCGACAGUGAGGAGGAAAGCGACGGGGGCGGAGAAAAGAGGCUUGUGGACAACAUGGACGAACUGCAGAGAGCGUACGAAGGGGUAGAAGUCUUCGUGGAGCAGGAAGAUACACAAGACAUAGAAGAAGCAACGAUCAAUAAGAUAAACACGAACGUAGAGCGAAUCAGCUUCAUUAAGAAGCUGGACGUGGAGGCGAACAGGAAGAACUUCGACUUGAUAGAAACGAGUAUCCCGAACAACACGUUCAGUUUUAAAUACAUGUCCCAGUUGAUGGGCCAGACGCAAUUUAUAAAAAAUAUCUGCAUAGCGGGGCAUUUCCAUCACGGGAAGACGACCCUCAUAGAUAGGAUAAUCGAAUUUACUCGGGAGAAAAAGGACAGAAAAACGAAGUGGACUUAUAGCAGUGGCACAAGAAGCGGUGGAGGGAACCCCAACAGCGGCACAGUAAGCUUCUUUGACGUGAACACCGAAAUGGAGGCAGUAGUAAUAAAAAGAGACAACCUUGGAAAAAAUAAUACAUCCAUGGUGACUCCAUUUAAUUCGAAAAAGAUUGACCACUUAAUAAAUUACACAGAUACAAGGCUCGAUGAACAAGCAAGAGGAUUAUCCAUCAAGGCAAUUCCUAUAUCACUGAUUCUUCAGAAUAGGAUGUAUGAAAAUAUUCCUAGUAAUAUUUUACUGAAUAAGAAGAAGAAUAAUUUGAAAUAUAAAUCCUACCUUUUUAAUAUCAUGGAUACUCCAGGGCAUGUGAACUUCUUCGAUGAGUUCCUCUGUGCAUUGAAUAUCUGUGAAUGCUGCUGUCUGGUUGUCGACGUCACAGAUGGCUGCAUGUACGUCACUGAGAAUGUUAUAAAAACGUGCAUCUACGAAAAUGUUAAAAUGAUUCUAAUUAUUAACUGCAUAGAUAAGCUAAUAAUGGACUUGCGUCUGCCCCCGAAUGAUGCGUAUCACAAAAUUAACUACACCAUUGAGGAGAUUAACAAGAAAAUUGAAUCCUUCUGCGAUUUGUUAAACAAGAGUGUAAAGGAGAAGAAGAAGUUUCUCUUGUCUCCUCUGAAGAAUAACGUACUCUUCUCUUCAAGCAUCUAUGGAGUUUUUUUUACCCUCAAAUCGUUUAGUAAAAUUUAUUGUAACUUGUACAGCGCAUACAAUAUCGAUAUUGACGAAUUCGCGCAGCACCUCUGGGGAGACAUUUACUUUAACGAGAAGGAUUUCUCCUUCGUUUCAUCUCCACUGUAUUCAAAUCAGAGGAGGUCCUUUGUUGAGUUUAUCUUAAAUCCAAUUUACAAAGUGUUCGGUUAUGUCUGCUCAGAAGAAAAAGAGUUCCUCAUUCCUUUUUUAAAAAAUUUUAACAUUACCUUGAAAAAGAAUGACUACCUUUUUAACAAUAAAUAUCUUCUUAAGAAAAUCAACGGUAUGAUAUUUGAAGAUACGACUGCGUUUGUUGAUGUCAUCCUGGACAAUUGUCCCUCCCCAGUGGAGAAUGCUAAACAGAAGACGAGGCAGAUUUACUCAGGUUCGCUAAAAACCAAGUUGUGCUACGACAUGAUGAGAUGCCUUAAAGGGGAUCAAACGGACAAUCUGAUGGUGUACAUAGUUAAAAAUUACCACCGACCGGAGUGCAUCAUUUUGGACCUCUUCGGUAGGGUCAUGUGUGGCACCAUCAGGAAGGGACAAACGGUGCGAAUCCUGGGAGAGGGUUACAGCCCUAGUGACGACGAAGAUAUGAUAACUCGAGUGGUUACCCAUUUGUGGAUUUACGAGGGAAGAUACCGAGUCGAGGUCGAUGAGGUCCCCGCGGGAAAUUUCGUUCUCAUUGGCGGGGUAGACAUCUGCAUCAACAAAACGUGCACCAUAACGAAUGUGAAGAAGAGGAGAAAUGCGCAAGGGAAAGGCUCACAGAAGGAUCACCUGAGCGGAACGAAACUAACGGGAAUGUUAUCCACUUCGGGAUCUCGAAACGGUUUGAAGAGGGAAGAGCGGACCCUCCUUCUCGACGAAGAAGAGGCAGAAACGGAGAUAUUCUACCCCUUACAUAGGAAAUUUAAGUAUAUAAAUUGUGCCAACUCCGUUUUUAAAGUCGCUUGUGAACCUAUUAAUCCAUCAGAACUUCCAAAAAUGUUGGAGGGUCUCCGAAAAAUCGACAAGACUUAUCCUUUGUCCUGCACAAAAGUGGAAGAAUCCGGUGAACACAUCAUCCUAGGGACGGGGGAAUUAUACUUGGAUUGCAUUUUACACGACUUGAGGAAGCUUUAUGGAGACCUCGAAAUUAAGGUGUCCGACCCCGUGGUGCAAUUUAACGAGACGGUUAUCGAGACGUCGGCUCUCAACUGCUUCGCGGAGACUCCAAAUAAGAAGAACAAAAUUCAUAUGAUUGUCGAACCGAUGCAGAAGGAGCUGAUGGAUGACAUUGUGCAGGGGCUGGUCCACCUGAACAAGGGCGAGCGGGACGCCAACGUGGAGGAGUACCUGCGCACGGUCGACGGGCUGCUGCGGGAGGAGGGAGCGGCGGAAUCGCUGGAAGCGCAAAAGGUGGGGUCAACGGGGGAAGCAGUAGACGAAGCGGUGGAGGAAACGAUGGACGAGCCCGACCAAUCCGAUGAAGCCCGUCUAAACGGAGCAGACGAAGGAGACCUCCCCUCGGAAAAGCGAACGCAGACACUGAAUUACAAUCUAGACAAGAACGUCAUCUCGUUGCUGACUGAGAAGCACAACUGGGAUAUGUUGUCCAUACGAUCCAUUUGGGCCUUCGGACCAGAAAGCAACAGCCCAAAUGUCCUAGUCGACGAUACCUUGUAUAAGGAAACAAACAAGGAAAACCUCUAUUCCAUUAAGGAGAAUAUCAUCCAAGGAUUUUGCUGGGCCACGAAGGAGGGACCUCUAAUUGAAGAGUGCAUGAAAAAUGUUAAGGUGAAAAUUUUGAAAGGUGAAAUAGAUGACGACCCAAUCAAUAGAGGCGCCGGACAAAUUAUACCAACAACGAGGAGAGCUAUAUAUUCCUCUUUCUUAUUAGCUACCCCGAGGUUAAUGGAACCCAUUUUAUUCACCGAAAUUAUCUGCUCAGGUGAUUCUGUCUCAUCUGUAUAUAAUGUGCUCUCUAGAAGAAGAGGACACGUAUUGAAAGAUUUCCCCAAAGUGGGAACCCCCCUGUAUAUGGUUCACGCGUACAUACCAGCAAUUGAAUCCUUCGGAUUCGAAACUGAUUUAAGGACACACACAAGUGGCCAGGCAUUUUGUUUGAGUAUGUUUGACCAUUGGCAUAUUGUACCAGGGGACCCUCUAGACAAGUCCGUCAUUUUAAGACCCCUGGAGCCAGCGCCCAUUCAGCAUCUGGCCCGGGAAUUUCUGCUGAAAACGAGGAGGAGGAAAGGGUUAACUGAGGAUGUUACGAUUAACAGGUUUUUUGACGACCCGAUGCUGCUAAACAUAAAGGACGAGUUUGCGGAAUAUUUCUGA